GCGACGCUCGAAUGCGUCGGCGACUCACGUGAGGCGAUGGUGGAAGGUUUGAAAUAUGAAUGCGAUCCGUUCCUUCGUUUGGAAUGUGCCUGCCAUCAGGAGGAGCAUCUGCUGUCCCAGAAAAGAGAGUCUACAACACGUGCACAAUCUAUAGAGAUAGGGAGUGGGCCCUUGAUUGGGUGCGGGGGCUACAGGAGGCGAGAUGUGGGGCCGAUGUGUUUCUGAAGAACGCCUCGGGUGACGACUGGUUGUGUGUUGGAGGGAUUAUUAAAUCCGAGGAUGAGAGGGUGGAUGGGCACGGACGGAAGUUCAGGAGGUUUUUCCUCACAACGGUGUUCGACGAACAAGGAGUGGACCAUGCGAAGGCCGACUGUAAAGUAAGCCUUGAUUACAAUAUGUUCAAGGGGUAUGGCGGUAAGGCUAUUACCAUGAAAGCCUUCGAUGUGUCCCCGAAAGAAGACGGGAGUGUGUUGACGAUGCUUGGCCCCGUUAAAUUCCUCGCCAAAACGAACGGCUACAGGAGAUCCGGAAACAGUCCCACGGUUGAGGCCGGCCAUCGUAUGUCCCCGACAUUCGUGCCUUUUGACACGCCGGACGAGGAUCUUCCCAGUAUAGCAAUGAUAGAGAGACAAAGGACGCCACAUAGUUCUCCAACGCAGCAGACGUUAGCGAGUGGGGGCCGGCGCCGCAACAAACAGAGCCAGCCGCGUCGUCCACCAGGCGAGGAUGAGCAUGGUCCUCCUGUGGGUUCGUCCCGCUGGAUGGAGUGUGUUGGACCGUCUCAACCGUCCAGCCGGCAAUUCCAAGGCACCCCUGUCAUUACAUACAAAAGGAAGGCCCUGCCAACUCGUCCCUCUCCCAGUUCCCAGAAGGACGAAGGUGGUGCGUCCAGGAAGGCGGCGCUGCGGGAGAUAAGCGAAGGAUCGGACGAGGAAACGGAGGACGAUUCUAGGGUAUGUGUUGAUCGACAUCCACAGGGUAAUCAUGCCGUCGACGACGAUGAAUGUGGUGUCGAUGAGGAUGACGUCGAAGAGGAGAACAGCGAGAGGGAGAGAGAGAGAGAGGAUCGUGAGGAAACUACGCACGACUGCGAGGGUGGGGAGUCUCAACAAUACUAUGAGGAGGACGACGAGGGCGAUGGAGAAAAUGAUCAUGCCUAUCUUGUAGGUGAUGACGAUGGACGGCAAGAGCGGUCGGCUGAUGUGGGGGUCGACGACGCAACAGGAGAGCGGUCGGAGGCCAGUGUCCAGAAAAGGAAAUGGUGNGAGGCGGUCGCUGAAAGCGUGAAGAAACGAAAAGGGUCCGCGUCGACAAGGGCGACAAAAGCGGAGAAACGUCCACCGAAAAGAAAGCAGAUGGUGGAUGAGGGUGACUCUGGAGAGGAUGCCGAAGGGGUUCCUCCAAGAGAUGUCUCGGAACAGACACAACCUUCCGCCGACACCCGUGAUGAAGCCAUCGACACAACACGGUGCUUCUUCUUGGAGUUCGAUGAAGAUGGGUUUGCAAAGAAGAAAAGGGAACACAUUGAAGUGGAUGUCACGAAGAUCUUGUCAAUCCCUGAAGGUGACAUCCUCUUCAACCAUAAAAUGUUGGACGAAACGUUGGUGCAGUCCAUAUAUGAUGCGAUUCAUCAUGCGGCCAAGGAAACCAACGGGAAGUGGGAUUUCAUGACUUUCAUCCUGGUUCCCAUUGUGCCCAACACGGACGGGUCUCAAGGCAGACGGAUCACACCGGAGCAAUUCGAACUGGCUCAUACAUACAACUGGUAUGCUGUUGCUGGCCAGCACACGGCUGAGGCAAUGAACAGACUCAUUAAAGAUAAGUCACCGACCGAGAAAGUGUAUGGCUUGAGAUCGUACUCUCACGUACGUGUUGUCUACUUUGACGAUGACAGAAAGAGAGGAUAUCCGUACGUCUCGACGUUCGGCAACACGAGGGAAGAGCGUUCGAUCCCGAGAUCGUUUUCGUCAUCUGUGCGCCAAAUUAGAACAUUAUGGGAUAAGAGGAAUGGCCGGAUCCGUCCGCCAGGGACCGUGUCCCCGAAUGACGUCGAGGGAAUGAAACAAAAAAAGAAAUGGGAAGAGUUCAUGAACGCCGCUUGCAAAAUGACACCUGAUUCCGGUCUCAUGAACUCGUCCUUGGUGAACGACUACUGCAAGGACUGGACGAACAAGAUGCGCGGAUACAUGAAUCUUGCGCAAUGCGGCGAAAUAGUAUGGCCACUAGUACAUAAAUUCUUCGACAUGUACGAGAAGGGGCUAUUGCCGCGAGUCGACGGUGUGAGAUACAUUGACCUGCCGGUGAAAGUGGAAGGGAGGCUGCCUGGGCAAUACUUCCUCAAGGACAACUCCGACAAAAAAGUCAUGUUCCACUGCAUCAAGGCCAGGAAGGGGCCACAAGGCGCAACGGUGUCUAUACCUGACUUGACGCCGACAAUCUUCAAGUUGUUUGGCGAUAUGACAGCGAGAGAGAAGCAAGUGGCGCUUCACCACAUGAUGCGUGGUGAUGUCAUCGUGACAUCACGUUCGGUACCUCGUGGUAGAUGCAACAUGGCGGACCUGGUUAAAUAUACUCGGCGUGAAAGAUAUAUGGUCCGUAUGUUCAACUACAUAUUGUUCAAGGCCGAGGGAAGGUCAAAAGAAGAGUGGAGCGCUGACUUUUUCAUCGGUUGUACGACCAUCUUGGAGAGGUACAACAAAAACGGUCUGGCGGAUGAGAAAUGGACCGAGGAACGCGACCUCAUCCCUGACGACAAGGCGAGGAAGGUGCCGAGGUGUUUGGGCGGUCCUGAUGAGAUUAAUGGUGAGAACGGUGCGGGACUGGGGGCAACCCAAGGCAUGUACAAGGAAACCCCGUUCCACCUCAAGUGUUUCAUCUACGAGGCAAUUGACUGCUUGGACGACCUGAGGACGGAGGUUAAUCGGAUAUCCUCCAGUGCUUGUCACAUAUUUUGGGAAGUGGGGAAGAGGAUUACCACGAUCCUGCCAUUUGAAAUAGAACCGAAGGGAGUGCUCACCGACAACGAGGAGGUUGUUGGUACGGCGAGGGGGAUGAAGAUACGGGCAACCAUUCUUGAUAUGUCAACAUCACCGAAAUGUGUUCUGUGGGAUGAUGACGCCUUUUCCAAACUGUACGCUUUCCUCAUGACAUGCUGUGGCGAAAACUGGGCCUUGAUCAUUUUCGCGCCGAUGAAACACCAGAAACAGGUGAUGCAGAGUGUGUACAACUGCGAUGAUGUUGAGGUGCUCACAGGGUCAUGGUACAGACACUAUACACCUUCGACAACCUUGAACAAGUACGGCAACAUUGCAGUUUGGUACACUGACAUGAUGGCUAUUGUCCUCCACGCCGAGAACGGCAAUUUGGACAAUAUAAUGGUUGCGCCGAAAUUGCGAGCCGAGUUGACAAAUUUGAACGUUGAAGAGGGUGAAUUUGUGAGGUGCUCAGGGGAGUGUAUCGGCGUGGAGGGCGACACCAACGCGGUUUAUUCUUGGAUGGAACGAGAGCCAGCACGUCUCCGAAAACUAUGCAACUCGUUCAUGAGGGAGGACGAUGGCGUGAUGCUGUUGGGCAGGGCGCAUGCGGGACUGAUUUGGGAACUCGCUCGCGCCGGACACCACGUGUUUGCGUGUGACGACACGACAAAAGAGCUCACAUACCUUUCCAAGUUCUUGGAGUUUUAUGUGAAGGAUCCGAGGAACAAAUGCAGGUUCGAAAAGCCCCAAGUCGAGCACCGCAAGGACCGGGACAUUUACUAUAAGCUCGGCGGGAAGAGGGAGAAAGUGUGGGCUUACUUGUUUGGUGACGCUCCACGGACAGCGGUUGAUAACGACUACGUCAUCAGGAAAAAUGAACUCGAGAUAAAAAUGAACGAGUACCACGGAUCGCACAUGGGUGCGUUCCACAUGUUCGUAGCGCGUUGUGAGCAUCUGUAUUUCAAUAUGAAGAAAAGAGCAUUGUCAUGCAGGGACUAUGCGGACGUGGCACGUAAAGCGGGGAACUUCAACAACAUCGAUUGUGACGAAGACACGUCAGACUCCGACCUGGACGUUCCGUCGCACGCGACACGACGUUCGGCGCAGGCAGCACGUGCCAAGGAACUGCAAGGGAGCACCAACGCAGAAGCGGGGAAGGCGAGGUCGAGUUUGGAAGCGACACAUGCUAGUGAGGGAGACGUGGAACAUAGAAUGAAUGCAAGGGGAGAAAAGAAUGGUGUACCAACGAACCCGGUGGGUGCGAGUGAGGGAAUUGUUAACUCACGGGGCAACACAGGGGGAGGAGAGAAUGGGUGUGAAAUGACCCCGCCGACAGCUGGACCAUCAUCGACACAUGCACCGCAGGCCGAGCAGCGAACGCUCACGUCGAUGGACACAGAUGAAGAUGAAGACAUGGAUAUGACAGCAGUCAUGCCGAAGCUCGUGCCAAGAAAACCGUUACCUCAAGGCUUUGCUCAAGACCCUUCAGUGCCAUACUUGCUGCAAGACAAGUACAAGGAGUCAUCGGAGGAGGAGUGGGAUCAUCAUAUUCUCUGGCAUGAGGGCGUGUUCGAACCGUGCAUGUUUGCGGGCAAGUGGCAAAUGGCUGUGAAGACAAGAGACCGCGGGUGGGUCGCGAAGGAAAGAAAGGACGCUGCGAUAUGGCACAGCGUGACGAAGACGCAACUUUUUCGGCGGGUUGCACAAGAAAAUGUCGGUGCAACCGAGGUGGCUGUAGCGGCAAAGGCGAAAGCUUUGUUUGAGCAACUGCGUGCGAACAAACAACUAGAAUUCAGCACAAAGUUCUACGACCUUGCAUCAAGUGUGUCGUAUAGCUCCAUCGAUUGGAAAAUCAAACAAGUGUCAGUAGUGCAAGGAAUCGAUAGCAUCACCUCUCUGAAGACUCAAGACGUCAUCGGUCUAACACCAUCGUUGCGAUGGCCAGAGGGGAUGCAGGCUGCGAAACGGACACACGUGCGAACGCAGGUCGCAUACAGAAUGAACAGUUGCGAGCAUGUAUUCAACAAAUGACACAGAAAAUGCAAAUGGGGGAUUCCACUAUGAUACGCAAGGACAGCGACGACAUGGAGUCGGACACAUUGACAGAGCCGCCCAUGCGCGGGGUCGACGAUGGGCCAACAAUCGUUGGAUCUGGCCUUAGACGGGCAUGGGCGUUUACACGUUUCAGGUUAUAUUGAUGUGUCGCCACAAAUCAUGAUGCGAUAUUCACCGGUCGUCACAUGGGGUGUCUACGCAUUUCUUGUUAAAUUGAUAGGUUGUCGUUGGGUACUAUGUUAAAAAACUAUGUUAGACAGGAAUGGUGUAAACGCGUUUUGGGUUAUAUUGUUAUCUUAAUGAAAGUGUUAUUGUGAC